ACCUUCUUGGCACAGGAUGGAAGGAGGGUAUGGUAGUGAGAUGCCCUUUCUAGAUACAAAAUGUACCAGAUUUGUUUGGAACAUACAUCACUGAAAACAAAUUAAGCCGUUAACUGCAGUUCACCAAUAGAGGACUUACGGGUAUUUACAACUUGCAUAAGCCCAAAUCUCUCAUAUAUAACUUGUUGACAAGUCAUUUCUUCCAGGGCAUUAGCUGUGUGAGUUGCUAUCUUUAAGUUGGACUGUCAUGCUGUCAUGGCUUACUUUGAACUGACAUGUUACAGGAUAUUUCUUGAAAUGUACACAGAUGACAGGAUGGCAUGUGAUGUGGCUUUGUUUUAAUUUGCUUAGCCACUGAUUUUUAAUGUGUGGGUUAUAUUUUACUCCCAAAGCAAAAUUCUGCAGCAUCUCUGGAAUACUACCUGAGAAUUUUGGGGUGCCAUGUCGAAGAAACGCAAAUGGGAUGACGACUAUGUUCGUUACUGGUUCACCUGUUCAACGGAGCUUGAUGGAACUCAGCGCCCACAAUGUGUAUUGUGUAACUCGAUAUUUUCAAAUGCUGACCUCAGACCAUCAAAACUGUCUGACCAUUUUAACAGACAGCAUGGUGGUGUAGGUGGGCAUGAUCUCAAUAGCCUGAAGCGUAUGCCAGCACGUUCUGAUGAGAGUGAAACCUUGAAAGCAUUUGGAGUUGCAUCUCAUGAGGAUGCCUUGUUACAAGCGUCUUAUCAGUUUGCAUAUUUAUGUGCCAAGGAGAAGAAUCCUCAUACAAUAGCUGAAAAAUUAGUGAAACCUUGUGCAUUAGAAAUAGCGCAAAUAGUUUUGGGACCAGAUGCACAAAAGAAGCUUCAGCAGGUACCCUUAUCAGAUGAUGUGAUCCAUUCUAGAAUUGAUGAAAUGAGCCAGGAUAUCUUACAGCAAGUUCUAGAAGAUAUCAAAGCCAGUCCUCUUAAAGUGGGUAUUCAGCUUGCUGAGACAACUGACAUGGAUGACUGCAGUCAGCUAAUGGCAUUUGUGCGAUACAUAAAAGAAAGAGAGAUCGUAGAAGAAUUCCUAUUCUGUGAACCUUUGCAGUUAACAAUGAAAGGAAUAGAUGUGUUCAAUCUCUUCAGAGACUUCUUUUUGAAGCAUAAGAUAGCACUUGAAGUAUGUGGCUCUGUUUGUACUGAUGGUGCCUCUUCUAUGCUAGGAGAAAAUUCAGAAUUUGUUGCUUGUGUGAAAAAAGAGGUGCCUCAUAUCGUGAUCACACAUUGUUUGUUAAACCCUCAUGAACUUGUCACAAAGACAUUGCCUGCAAAACUGAGGGAUGCUCUGUUUACUGUGGUGAGGGUAAUAAAUUUCAUCAAAGGGCGAGCUCCAAAUCAUCGCCUGUUUCAGGCUUUUUUUGAAGAAAUUGGAAUAGAGUAUAGUGUCCUCCUUUUCCAUACUGAAAGGAGGUGGCUUUCCCGAGGCCAAAUACUUACUCAUAUUUUUGAAAUGUAUGAAGAAAUAAAUCAGUUUCUUCACCACCAAAGCAGUAAUUUAGUUGAUGGCUUUGAAAACAAAGAGUUUAAAAUUCACCUAGCGUACCUGGCAGAUUUAUUCAAACACCUAAAUGAACUUAGCGCGUCUAUGCAGAGGACUGGAAUGAACACAGUAUCAGCCAGAGAGAAGUUAUCUGCUUUUGUUAGGAAGUUUCCAUUUUGGCUAAAGCGAAUUGAGAAAAGGAAUUUUACCAACUUUCCCUUUCUUGAAGAAAUGAUCGUUUCAGAUAAGGAAGCAGUCUGCAUUGCCGCUGACAUAACACUGCAUCUGCAACAGUUGAGCAGCUUCUUCCACGGGUAUUUUUCCGUCGGAGAUCUUGAUGAGGCAAGUAAAUGGAUACUGGACCCAUUUCUUUUUAACCUGGAUUUUGUCGACGAUGGUUAUUUAAUGAAAAAUGAUCUUGCUGAAUUACGAGCUAGUGGCCAAAUCCUAAUGGAAUUUGAGACAAUGAAGCUUGAGGAUUUCUGGUGUGCUCAGUUCACAGCGUUUCCAAACCUGGCAAAGACAGCUCUGGAAAUCCUUAUGCCCUUUGCAACUACAUAUCUUUGUGAAUUGGGAUUUUCAUCACUUUUACAUUUUAAAACAAAGUCCAGAAGCUGCUUUAAUAUGAGUGAUGACAUCCGUGUGGCUAUUUCAAAAACAGUUCCUCGUUUCUCAGACAUCAUUGAACAAAAGCUACAGCUACAGCAGAAGUCACUAUACCACAUCUGGAACAGUAGCUGCACUUGGAGUCAUCACCUGAUAAACUUGACAAUAAUCCAUAGUCCUCCAGAUCCAUCAACCUGCACAGGAGAAACAGGGCUGGGAGAACAAAGAGCUUGGGAUUAAUACAAUUUAGAAGCUUGAAAGAAGGGGCCUGUGGAGCUGGGACAGAGAAGGCCUCUGCCAGCUGAUACCGGUAUGUCUGAAGAAGUACAAUGAGGCUAUUUCUGAGACUGUGGAAACAAUGUAAAUGUGAACCAGCUGCUCCUACGGGAAAUAACUGUCAUUGCCAGGGUAAGGAACUGUUGCUCAAGUGAGGCUGACAGUAACAGGAAGCAAAACAGAACAAAGUUCCUUUCCACUCCUCUAGACUUCCAGCCUCUUUCUAGUGCCCCCUAUUGGCAGACUAGCAGAAGGCCAGCUGGCAAAGGAGAAAGGUGAUUUGCAAAGUUCCAGCCCUGGCAUCACAUAGCCUAGUUUGAAGCUAAGAGACUAUAGCUUAAUAAUCAAGUGUGUGUGUGUUUCAUAUCUUAGCGUG